CUUUCAGCUGCUUUCAGAUACUUGGAGUCUGUUUUCAUUACAGGUGUGAUUAAGUGAAGCUGCGUGGCAAACAUGAAACUCCUCACAAGCCUACUCCUUCUGGCAUUCUUUUUUUGCAUCUUUGCAGGAUGUAUAAAAGCUGUUCCAGAAUCUUCUAAUGGACGAGAGCCCAAAUGUGAAUCCCAUAUGCUAAAUGGCUGCCCAAGAAUCCGAAGCCCAGUGUGUGGCAGUGACAACAAUUCUUAUGAAAAUGAAUGCCUUCUCUGCUCAGAAAACUUGAAGAGGAACAUUCAUCUUCGUGUCGUCAAAGACGGAAGCUGCUAACGAGUGUUUCCCUCAUCAUUAAAGAUAAAUCUUAAUGAAUCUUCCAUCUUUGUGCUUUCCUAGUCAGUUCUAUCUGUACAAUAUGCCUUGACAAGCACCAAAUAAAUGUUCCUGCUCUACAUAUACAAUAUUACAGUAGUAAUUGUAGCUAUAUAUCAGGUCAUAUCCAAAUAAAAAAAUAACAUUUGCCUGGAUUUACACUUAGCCUUUUCAGAUAUCCCACAUUUAUUAUGCACCCCCCUGUUAUGCUGACCUUUGAAAGUAAUCACCAUCUGUGCACUUCUUUGGGACUACAUUGUCUUCCCCCCUCCGCCUUUCUCUGAUUUAUCUUUAAAAAGGAGGCAAAGGAGGUAAAAGGAGGCAUCUAGCUGAAUACAAUUCAGCAUGCAACAACUUGGGGUAGGUUUGUCCAAACUUUUGUUGCAGAAAAAUAAAACCCACUGCUUAAAGUUC